AUGGCGCCCCUCACCUACUCCAAGACCUCCAAGGUCCCCAACCGUCCCUUCGAGGCCGCCCGUCUUGACUCCGAGCUUAAGCUCGUUGGCGAGUACGGUCUCCGCAACAAGCGUGAGGUCUGGCGUGUCCAGCUUACCCUCUCCAAGAUUCGUCGUGCUGCCCGUCAGCUUUUGACCCUCGACGAGAAGGACCCCAAGCGUCUGUUCGAAGGCAAUGCCCUCAUUCGCCGUCUCGUGCGCGUCGGUGUCCUCGACGAGUCCCGCAUGAAGCUCGAUUACGUCCUGGCCCUGAAGGUCGAGGAUUUCCUUGAGCGCCGCCUCCAGACUUGCGUCUACAAGCUCGGUCUCGCCAAGUCCAUCCACCACGCCCGUGUCCUCAUCCGCCAGCGUCACAUCCGCGUCGGCAAGCAGAUCGUCAACGUUCCCUCCUUCAUCGUCCGUCUCGACUCCCAGAAGCACAUCGACUUCGCUCUUACCUCGCCCUUCGGUGGUGGCCGUCCCGGCCGUGUCCGCAGAAAGAAGGCUGCUGCCGCCGAGUCCAAGGGUGACGGUGGUGACGACGAGGAGGAUGACGAGUAA